AGUCUCGAGACACUCGUGAUCGUGCAACAGGCAAGAGGCUCGAUCAUGCGCGCCGUAAGCAAGACCAGUCGUGUGACCUUUGCGGUCAACCAUGCCAGUGGAGCCGCAUGUCGGCUCAUGCUAGAUCCACGUCAUGAAAACUUACAGAUCAACGUCAUGCGGAAAGCCGAUCGACAAAGUCAGGGAUGUGUCAUUCGACCAUCUGUCACGAUUGUCGUGACACGCGAAAAUCCCCCAAAUCUCGAGCAGAAUUCGCUGCAAGGAUGACCAUCGUUUUGCCUGCCCUCGCACUCUGGGUGAGCAUGCUCAUCGGCUCGAGCAGCGCUCCAGUCUCGAAAUAUAGCUAUUGCUGGAUGAUCACCGCUGGGUCGACUCACUGUCCUCGAAUUCCGCAAAGUCUCAAUGCUGCUUUUGCGGUACCAAUUAUGCCUCGUCUGGACUUUUCAAAAGCUGUCAUCUUUGCAGAGCUCUUUCCUUUUCUCCAUUUUGAAAGCGCCAGCGCGGAUUGUGCAAGCCUCUCCGUCGAUCGGACCAAACAACGAGAGCUGAUACAGUCCGGUAGCACGAACAGCCCCGUUUUCGCAAGGUGGAUUGCAAAGCAAUCCGCACAGUGGUCAGACCGGACGAGCACCGCCUUGAUCUGACGAUAGGCAUAAGGAUGGAUGUCCAAAGCGACGGCUCGCCAGCUGGUGACAUCAUCCGCGGUUGUUGCACGGCAAAGUUGUCCGUUGCCGUGACGGUCAACGUACUCAACAGUGGGUCCUCAGGGCGCCACAAAUUUUCAACAGGCUGAC